GCCAGCGAAUGAGUGGAUCUAAUCUCGCGUCGAUCGUAGAGCCCGACGAACAAGAGUUUAUCGCCAGUUAUGCCAAAACCCGCACAAAUGUCGACCACUUGUGGAUCGGUUUGUUUGGGACACAAAACUCAUCGCUAACGUGGUUUGAAUGGACAGACGGCCAGUUCGUUGACAUUACCAUUUGGGCCGCAAAACAGCCCAUUAUUAGCCCAAAGGAGACUCACAGCUGUGUGUUUAUGGACAGGGAGUCCGGCCAAUGGAGUACCGGCUUGUGUUCAGACAGCAAACCAUUCAUCUGUAAGACAAGCGACACAUUCACAGCACCAGAAGAGGAGGACAGCGGCCGAGAGGUUUGCCCCCAAUAUAACGCACAACAAGAGUCGGCCCUAAAAUGGGUGUCAUUUGACAAGACAUCGGGAUCUUGUUAUCUGUUUAGCUCAGAGUUUGAGCCAAACCUAUUGAGGACAACGUGGGCGGAGGCGUCGGACAGAUGCCAGUCAUUGAACGCCAGCCUAAUGUCUGUCCACUCCUAUAAUUUCGAUACUGUGCUCAAAAUGACGGACAAAAUACGGGACAACACAUGGAUUGGUUUGCAUGAGACUGACGUCGAUCGGUACAAAUGGGACGACGGGUCGGCCGUAGACCUGACGUAUUGGGCGAACAGCGCCGGACACGACACGGAAAACGGUGGCAAAAAAUGUGUGUCAAUGAGACGGGAAACCAUGAAGUGGUCGUUGAGUCCGUGUUUUAACGAUUCACACGUCUAUGACUUUAUAUGCGAGACACGGAAAGGGCGGCCACCGAAACGCAAGGGAUCGGCGCCGUCGGCGACCACUUCGGACCCGACGUCAGACCCACUGGAGUCGGGCGACGACUCCGACGGCUGGGAUGUGCCACAAGUGCUCAAAAUUUGUUUCACAGUAUUGGGUGCUCUGAUUGCUGUGAGUAUUGCCGUAAACGUAUACUUCUUCGCCCGUCGACGACAAGCGCCGGGCGGUUGUCUCGGGAGGAAUCGCCACAUCUCUGCCAUUGAACAAAACGGCGGCACAAGUAGUACUGGAAGUACUGAAAGCGUUAACAGCAGCGAUGCGAUGGACAGGAGGCGCAGGUUUAACGAUAUACUCAACUCUAAUGAUCCGGAGAUUGUCUUCAGUAAUAUUAAGCUUAAGAAGUGAUUUGAUGUUUGAAUCACUGAUUUUGUAGUUUAUAUUUAUCUAGUUUUUUUUACAUAUUUUAAAUUUGAACAUGUAAGAUAUUUUUAUCGCAGCGUUUGUUGAAAGAAUUUGCCAUUUAUUUUAAUAUCAACC